AGCCCCAGAUCGUGUCGCAGCCCUACGACGUCUGGAACGUGACCGGGCAGGACGUGAUCUUCGGCUGCGAGGUGUUCGCCUACCCCAUGGCCUCCAUCGAGUGGAGGAAGGACGGCCUGGACGUCCAGCUGCCCGGGGAUGACCCCCACAUCUCAGUGCAGUUUCGGGGUGGGCCCCAGAGGUUCGAGGUGACCAGCUGGCUGCAGAUCCAGGCCGUGCGUCCCAGCGACGAGGGCACCUACCGCUGCCUCGCCCGCAACGCCCUGGGUCAGGCUGAGGCUCCCGCUAGCCUGAUGGUGCUCACGCCAGACCAGCUGAACGCCACAGGCAUCCCACAGCUGCGUGCCCUGAACCUGGCUCCUGGGGAGGAGGUGGAGAGCGAAGAGGGCGAGGACUACUACUAGGCCCAG